AUGAGAAUAUUGAUGAUUAUAAUAAGUAUGCAAAUAACAAAAACCCUUCAAAGAAAAUAUGUGUCUUCAUCAGAUGAGAGCAUAGAAAACUUACUGUACUACAAAGAUUGUCAGCACAAGCCAAAAUCAACAGAACCACCUGUACUUCGAAAUGAAAAUGUCCAACCACCAGAAGCACCCAGGCAGCCCGACUGCCCGUUCCCUAAAAUGUGCUGUAGCAUGAGCUGUGGUAAUGACUGUGGAAGCUCCCAGUCAUACUUGAGUAGACAAAUGGAGCCAUUGCAAAAUUUCGGACCGAUGCAACCCGUUCAAUUACCACAGAGAACACCGCCACAUUCACCUGUGCAACCACAGAUAAUGCAAAGAUCUAGGAAGAAGAAAAUAAGGCCCCCAACGAAUUCACUCAUGGGUAUGGGUAUGGGCGUGGAUGGCAGAAGAGACGCCGGGUUCACAAAAGAAAGGAUAAAGAACUUGAUUUCACAGGACGGGGAUAUAAGGAAGAUAUUGAAAGAUCUCGUGAGGGUGACCAUGCAGAAAGUAGACUUAUUAGAAAUGAUGAACACAAGAAGAAAUAACGAUCAGAAAUCUGCAGAAGCUUCAGCUAAUAGUGGAGAGUAUGAAUAA